UUAGAAAGAAAUAAAAAAGUUUAGUUUAGAAAAAUUGUUACAUAUGCCGUGCUAAGGGGAUCGGGGAAGAUGCAUCACAGAAGAAAUGAAGCAAGCUAACUCAACAAAUUAGUUGAUUCAAUUUGAUUCACACCUCUUCCUCACUUGUGCUACUGAUUUAACACAAAAAGCCAUGGCCGAAUGGUGUAAUCUUCCUGGAGAACUCCUAGACCUCAUAUCGAAACACCUGGAUUCCUCCAUUGAUCUCCUUCGUUUCCGAUCUGUUUGCACUUGUUGGCGAUCUUCUCUCCAUCCCCACCGUUCAUCUUCCCCUUCACGUUUCCCUAUUCUCCCCAACAAUGGCAUCUCUGAUACUACUUGGGGCUUCUAUCUUUUUAAACGCUCCAUCUUUUUCUUUCAAUUGCCACCACCCCUUUUCAAUUCUCAAUCAAACCCUUCAUGGGUCGUCAAGAUUGAUCAGGAAAAUCCCCAAAAAUGUCAUCUUUUCAACCCCCUUUCGCGCGAUGAGUACAAACCCCUUCCACCCAAUUUCCCUAAACUUGUUGAUUUUAUGGGCUUGAGGGUUUCUGAAUUGGGGAUGGAGUAUACUUUGCAGUAUAUUAAUUAUCGCCCGUUUGCUACUUCCAUUGGAGAUGCUGGUAAUCUUUAUUCCGAGAAGGUUGCGUUUUGUGAUGUGGGUGGUGGUGGUGGUUAUGUCAUUUUGACUAUUCAUGUUAGUGGUAGAUUGGCAUUGUUGAAAUCUGGUGAUGUCAAAUGGACUGUUAUUGAUGAUAUGCCUGCACCAUAUGAUGAUGUGGUUUUUUAUAAGGGUUCUUUUUAUGCUGUUGAUAGUACGGGGCGGACUGUGAUGGUGGAUGUUGGGAGCUCACCUGUGUCGGUGAGGUUUGUUGCUGAUUCGGUGUUUGGAGGGGAUACGAAAAUGUUGGUGGAUGGAUGUGGUGAAUUGUUUAUGGUUGAUAAGUUUUUGAGUGUUGGGCCGGAGGAUGAUGAGGGGUUUGAUGGGGACGAGGAAUUUGAUUAUAUGAGUGAAAGGACUGUGAGAUUUGAGGUGUUUAAGCUGGAUAAGAGCGGGGAGAAGUGGAUUAAGGUUGAGAAUUUAGAGGAUAGGAUCAUCUUUUUAGGUGAUAAUUGUGCUUUUUCAGCUUUAGCUUCAAAUUUUGUAGGGUGCAAAGGGAACUGUAUAUUGUUUACUAACUCAAGUAAGGUGGAAGAUGGUGUCUUGAAGAGUCGCGGAAUUAGUGUUUUUGAUUUGGAGAGUGGGAGUAUUGGUCCUCUGGCAGACUAUCCUGGUUUAUCUGAGCUGUUUUGGCCACCCCCUGCUUGGAUUUCUUCCCCUCCAAAUCUGGUGGAGGCCGGAUUGAAUCAUCUAAGAAUUUAAUGUGUAAACUUCCAUACGAGCAAGCAAGAAAAUCCCCUCUGCUUGAUGGAUGCCUUGCUCAUGAAUAAUUGUGUACAUAUAAUUUAAUUUAAUGCUGGCGGCCCUUUGCCUUUCAGUUCAUAAAUUAGAGUUAUAAAGUGUAACUCUGUAUUUUCACUUUUGCAUCAUAAAUGUAUCAAUCUGCUUGAAUAAUUGAUAAUGUUACUAUUAUGCAGAUAGUUGGAAUGUUUUAAUUUGGGAAUAGAUGAAUAUAUUUACAAUUUCAAUUA